GAUUCGGCGGGUGAUGGGGAGUUGAAACGCGUGGUCAGAGCACAAGCGGGAGAGGAGGCGAGGGAAAGGCGCGGUUCUUCUUUCUCUCCCCCCUCUCCCCCAAGGAAUGGUAUAGCCCGAGCGGCUGCUUAAAAGUCUCUUGUCGCGAUGUUCCGUAUCAGAACGUUGGCGGCCCGAGCGUUCCAUCUGGGUAGCGAAGUACAAGGUCGCGCGGGGAGAGCCACGAGCAGCGUAGUCGGCACCAUGCCUCUCAAAGUCAAGGUGGUUUAUUGCGGGGCCUGAGGGUACAGCCCCAAGUAUCAGCAGCUCAAGAAGGAACUCGAGAGAGAGUUUCCGGGCAAGCUGGAGAUCAGUGGUGAAGGCACUCCCCAGGUCACAGGAUGGUUUGAAGUGACGGUCAAAGGGAAGCUGGUGCAUUCCAAGAAGAACGGAGAUGGCUUUGUGGACAACGCCGACAAGUUACACAAGAUAAUCACGGCCGUAAAAGUAGCCUUGGCGUAGAGAUCGUUGGAAGAAUGUACCCAGCAGAUCGGUAAACAGCAGAGUAGUUCAAACAAGAAUCCGCUUUGUUCAUUCCAGCUGACUGCUUAAUGAUGGGGACUGCUGAAAUGUCACUCGACGCGUGGUUGUUCCCUGAGAAAUCUUGCGGGGGAGGCUGGCUUGACCAGAGUCUGAUGGACAUUUGAACUCUGAAGAUGGUGUGCUUCGACACCUCUGUGCAUUGCACUGAAGGUCCGCCUCUGGGGUUGUAUCUUCUGUGCAUGCUACAUGUGAUGUUGACUUUCUGUGUAAUUUGAGUUUAACAGUGAACAACAGUAACAACUUGCUAUCAGGCUGGAAGGGAGCGGGGAAACAAGUUUGCAAAGCUAUGAAAAAUCCUUGAACAUCUUCAGCUUUCCAUCUUUAAAAAUAAAUGUUUAAAUUUACAAA